CUGUUGCUGCCUUUCACAAAUGACUGACAUGGCGUGUUCACAUUUAAUGUAGUUGAGCGUUAGCACAGGCACAAAGACAUGAAAGACUUCUCCAGGGAGGAGACAGGAGGAGGAGAAAAAGAGGGGAGCGAGAGAGAAGGAAGGGCUGUUCCACAGAGAAACAGCACUUGGUUUAUCAAGUCAGAAACAGAGCAGAGAAGGGAGGGCUUGUUUUCCAUCCUCCUGCUUCUUUAAAACGUGGAAGAACAGUGCUCUGAAGAAAGAGAAGAAGAAGAAGAAGAAGAAGAAGAGGGACAGGAAAGACAGGAAUCCAGGAAACAAAAUCAUGAACGACAUCAAGUUGGCUCUGCUGGGAAGUCCAGGAGCUGGAAAGUCAGCUGUCCUCGUGCGCUUCCUGACCAGACGCUUCAUUGGAGAAUAUGCCUCCAACACCAGUUCGCUGUAUCGAAAGAGGCUGUCGAUCGACGGCAGACAGCUGAAUCUGGAGGUGUUUGACCCAUGCUCACAGAGCUCGGAGGCCAGUUGCAUCCUGAAGGAGCCCGUGGAGUGGGCAGAUGGCUUUGUGGUGGUCUACAACAUCAGCGACCGCACGUCCUUCAUCAACGCCAAGAACAUCCUGCGGCAGAUUGGCGAGGCCCGCGUGAACCACUGCAAAGGGGAGCCGUUGUGUGUUCCCGUGUGUCUGCUGGGCAACAAGCAGGACCUGUGUCACGCCCGGCAGGUGUGCGAGGACGAGGGUCGCCGCCUGGCCCAGGACAAUGGCUGCCACUUCCAGGAGGUGUCGGCGGCCGAAAGCUACCAGGACAUCACCGGCCUGUUCACGCAGCUCAUCCGCCAGGUGAUGGAGCACCUGAAGUACCGCGCCGACCGCCGUCGCUACAGUGGCUCCAAGUCAAUGGCCAAGCUCAUCAACAACAUGUUUGGAAAGAGGAGGAAGUCCGUGUGAUGGAUCACAAACUCAAGUUUAGGCAUUUUUUAAAAAAAGGGAGCACGAACCAGGAGGUGAAUAAAGCCAAGGAAAGCCUUCAUGGAACUGAACAUAUUUUGACUUCCUAUACAAACAAUGCAGGACACACAAAGCCAUCUUUGUGCAGUAAAGGCGAAGGAUUGAAGAGCGGUGUGAUUCACCAUAUAUAACAUUUAAUGCUUUUUCAUUGAUAUUAAUGUUGAACACCUGGGGGGUAUGCUGCAAAGCGAGUUUAUUGGGUUAGAACGGUGUGUUCGAGUGUUUAAAGCCGGGCUUGCCAGAUAGCUCUCUUUUAACGCAGCUACAGUAUAUCACCAUGGCAACUUUGGCUAAACUCAUAACCUGUACAGACUAUCAUCUUAAAAUCGGCUAUGAAAGCGCCGCUGUUUCACUGUGUAACUCAUUCGGGGAUGGCGUCACCAUUUAUUGAGAACCCGGUGGACAUGGGAGCAAGAAUAAUUUGCGCAGCGCGACGACGAGAGUGGCUACUUUUAGAUUAUACUGAUCUGCUAGCAUUUCAUGCUGAAAAUCUAUAUAAGAGAUAUAAAUUUUCAGCCCAGGAAAUACACUACAUUUGGUCACUUUUUGAGCCGUGCAUCAGGAAUAAAAUGCAAUAUGAAAUAUUAACUCGGCCAGUGUUUGCAAACGUAUAUGUCCCAGCAGUCCCUGCAUGAGUACUCAGCCUCUUAGGCUUCUUAAUAAUAAUAGAAUAAUAGAAUAUUUGCUGGAGGAAUAAGCACUCUGAGCCAUCAAUCAACUGCAGCCAAACACUUCUUUAUUCUAACAAAAAGGAAAAAAUUGUCACAAAGGAAAAAGGUCGUCAUGAACACGUCAACAGUGUCACCGAGUGGUCACAAUGAGGUACAGCGUUUUAUAAUUCAGAGCAGUACAAUAUAGACAUCUUUCAAAGACGAAAAAAGACAGUUGUUGCUCCAAUUUAUUUAUGUUUUAAAUGGAUAAGUGUUAAUAUGCCAAAGUUGCACAAUAUUGAGCGUUGCUGAAUGGCUAGACGAGUAGGUGGUUAGUAUAAUAAUCAGUGUGAACUUGCUAGUUUACAUGCUCAGCAUCAUUCUGCCAGCGUUCCUUCCUCGCUCUAUUGGAAAAUAAUCUUUUCCAACUCCUCAUAAGGCGCCAUAAUUAUUACUUGCUCAUGUUGUGUAAAAUACACUGGCUGGGAUCACUUUGGUUUUGCACGGAAAUCGGAUGAUAUGACGUCAAACGGCCCAUUUUAUGUGAACGUGCACUGAGCACAAAGCCGAGAACAGGACUCGACAAUGUAAGUUGCAGUAUCGUUUAACUUUGUUUGGAGAACUUAAGUUUUGUUGAGCUGCAUCAAAGCCCGGGUUUGUUGAGACACUUUCGCAGGAUACUCCCUUGGUGGAGAGCACACAGGGGCUUGUAAUUCAUGUAAACAAAGUUACAUUAUACACAUUACCUAAGUCAUCCGGGUUGAAUUCCAGUACAUGUAUUCGUAAUGUGAUUUUUCGGUACAGUACGGUACAUAUAUUGCGUUUUCGGCAAGUAUCUUGUGUUUUACUGGUCCUCAGCGUAUUUAAAAAAAUAAACAGUAAAAAAAAGCUAAGUAGUUUAGUAAAUGUUUGGUAUAGCAGUAAAGCUAAAAUUCACACUGAGUAGCGAGGGGAGCGCCUUUCCUGUGUGAAAAUGCCAAUUUUAAAUGCGAACCACACAAUAAUGUGACUGCACACAAACUACCAUGGAUUCCUAUAAGCAACUGCUCUGUAUGUAACGAGUGUGGCCACUAGAUGGCAGCCAUGCUGACAUAGAUAAGCUGACUUAAACAUUCUGACGACACUUAGUCAAUCAAUCAAUAACACAGUGGCUACUGUAAAAAUUAGUAAUCAAUAGUUUUGUAGUUUACACCUCAGAAAGGUCCAUUUAGUGCCAGUGUAAUACCUUACAUGAACAGUAGGUGUCGCUAUGGUCACAAUUGUUUGUUUGACACUUUUUGUUAGCUAUGUGCUGAUUGCAAAGACUUACUUUAAAAAGACCCAACAGUAAAGCAGCUUGUUCUUCCUGCAGUUCAGAAAUUAUGUCGAAUGUGUGUGCAGGGGCGCUUUCUGGCGUCUUAAGCCUGUACAAGCACGGAUGCAGGAUGAUGCCGCACAGGAUUUUGGGUAUGUCACGUUAGCUGUUCUGAGAUCAGUUUGAUCUGGUCACGUGAAGUCUAUCAUGCCCGGCUGCAAACGUUUUUUCCUGAAUGAAAUUGUUUCAAUUUUAAAAGAAAAUGUUGUAAUUAUAUAUGACCUAAAACAUUUACUUGCCCUCUCAACUGUGGAAAACCUCAACACUUAAAUUAAAAGAGAGUGCUGUGGACAAGGAAGUAUGGUGGCCUCAAAGGGUAAAAUCAGAUACAUUUGUAGACACCUGUGUUACUGCGUAUGCCCUUGCUUGAAACUGUGUUGCAAAAAAACCAUCGUAUUGUGUAUUUUAGUUAUUCUCAAUUUAGUUAUUCUCUUAUUAUAACACUACAUUUUGUUUGUAUUUGAGAAUGUUAUAGUCACAUAACAUACUGUAGCGAUUUGCCAUUCUUAAAGUUUUAUUGCAAACCUCAACUUCCACCUAAUCCACCCAUAACAUUAACAGCAAGGAGCGUUCAUGAACAUCAGAAUCCAGAACAUCACCAACACAACAACAGCAGUUCGUUACAAUAUUUAUUUACUCUGUAAGGUCCUUAAAUUGGACUCUGGAACUGGUGGAAAUGUAUUUUUAAACGAGAUUCGAUAUGAAAUCAAUAUUAAAUAUACAUUCAAGAUUCAAGAGUUUUAUUGUCAUAUACACAAUAAAGCAGGUAGUUCUGCUAUGCAAUGAAAUUCUUGUUCUGUUCAUUCUCCCAAAAAAAGAAAGAAAAACACA